AUGAUCACGGAGAAGCUUCUGAGUGUUAACCAGAAGAUUUUCUGUGCUUUUGUGGAUCUGGAGAAAGCAUUUGAUAAGGUUAUAAGGAAGAAAAUGUGGGAACUGUUGCCGGGAUAUGGUGUGGAUGGUCGAUUGUUAAGGGCUGUGCAGUCACUUUUCUAUGACUGUAAAGCCUGUGUGCGGGUAGGGCGUGACCUGUCACCCAUGUUUAGCGUCCAAGCGGGCGUAAAACAGGAUUGUGUCAUGUCUUCCUGGCUGUUCAUACUGUAUCUCGACAGCUGUUUACAGAAGCUGAAAAAUAGCUGUUUGGGUGUGAAAUUGGGUGACAUAAAAGUUAAUUGUCUGCUGUAUGCUGAUGAUGCAGUGCUUAUUGCACCAUUAGAAGCAGAACUGCAGGCAUUAGUCACGUGUAUGAAAGAGGAAUGUGAAGUUAAAGGUCUCCGUUUGAAUGCUAAUAAAACUAAGGUUCUGGUAUUUGAAAAGGACGAAGAGAGAACGAAAUGUGAAAUAUGGGUAAAUCAGGAAUGUCUAGAACAGGUAAAUGAAAUUGUAUACUUGGGGAGUGCUUUCAGCCGGGAUGGAAGAUGCGAUUUAGAUGUGGAUAGGCGUGUCGCUGCCGGAAACAAAGUCAAUGGUGCCCUGAAUGCAUUAGUAAAAAGGCAAGGCGUGGUGAAGAGUGCACGCCUUGCAAUACAUAAUGCAGUGUUGGUACCGACUUUGUUAUAUGGCAGCGAAACCUGGGUAUGCCAGAAGAAGCAUAAAAGCAAGUUGAAUGCAGUGGAGAUGCGAUCUCUUCGUAAAAUGUGUGGCGUUACCUUAGCCGACCGAAAGCGAAACGAAGAGAUUCGCAAUAUGGCAGGAUUGAAAGAUGACCUUAUCACAAAAAUUGAUAGGGGCGUACUCCAAUGGUUUGGGCACGUUGAACGAAUGAGUGAAGACCGAAUGGUGAAGAAAAUAUAUAGAGCGAAAGUAAAUAUUAAAAGGUGUCGAGGUAGACCGAGACUAACUUUCGAAGACCAUGUGAGCAAAUUGCUCGAAGAGGGGAGGGUCAAGAGUACUCGGAUACCUAGAUGUGCAUGUAUGAAGAAGUUAAUGAACCUGAAGGAAGCGAAAGAGGUAUGUAAGGAUCGUGACACUUGGCGAUCUGUUCUCUCUGGCUACCCCGUUAGGGAUUGUGCGUGA